UCUUGCACAGCACUAUUGGUGGGUGUUUUUGCCUCCUCCGGUACAUGCCAUGGCUGGGGAGAUAGUAUAUGCUGAUUUAAACCUUGCUGGGGCCAGGCUAUCACCUUCAUCUAAAGCUCACAGGAAUCUUCAAGAAUCCCCGCAGUGCCCACGCUGGCAUGGGGUCGUUCUGAAGGUCGGAUGCAUCACGGUCAUCAUCCUGCUGGUGAUGGUAGCAGUGCUGAGUGCUUGGGUUUUCCAGAGCUUCUCUAAUAAAGCAGAGGAAGGAACAGCCUCGAAGAGCGACAGUGUCACUCAGAGAACCGGAAGUGAAGAAGAACGCAAUGCCAGCCUGGAGGACUUAUUUUCUCGUCUGAAGCAGAGUCUGUGUGAUCCAGCCCAGAUAAGCUCAGCAGGUGGCUCCGGGUGCAAACUCUGCCCUGGGGACUGGAUGCUGCACAGGGACAAGUGCUACUGGGUGUCUAAGGAGGCUGACACCUGGAACGAGAGCCAUCACGACUGUUCAAGGAAGGGAUCUCAAAUGCUGGGGGUCCAGGACUUGGAACAGAUGGCUUACCUGCAGGCUAUCAUACCAGCUGAGGGUACUGUUUGGAUUGGAUUAUCAUUUAACUCUUCACAGAGGAAGUGGACCUGGGUGGACGGUGGCCCUGUCAAUGAGGAACUGGUCCCAGGAGUAAGACAGGCCGAAAAGAACAGCUGUGGACAGUUAAAAAUUAAGACUGAUUUUGAAAUCUGCAGCUCUGAGUUAAAAUGGAUCUGCCAGAAAGCAGCUUUCCUGCUACAGAUUGCAGCCUGA